AUGAAUCUAAUGGCACGUAGUCAAUCGCCCAUCGUUUAUACCGCCGCCACACUAAUCCUGCUGAGCAUAUUGCUGUUGGCGUUGGGCGGCCACAUGUGCAGCGCACAACCGUCGCUCGAAUCCAACAGCCUGUAUGGCGUCGACGAAAAGCAUGUCAGUGACAAACGGCCAUUUUUCGUAGGCAGUCGCUACGGACGGUCACAGGUGUACGGUGGCAAGGACCUACGGCAGGUGAACGUUGUGCCACGGAAUGAUCGUUUCUUCCUCGGUUCACGAUAUGGCAAACGAGCAGACUCGCUGACGAAAGAAUUCGUAACGGACAACAACAACGGUGCCGAACUGACCUAUCUGGCUUGCUUGCAUACGGGCGUGUCCAACCUUUACCGAUGCUAUGGCAAAGAACGAGACAUCCCCGAUAGUGGCCAGGGUCUACAGCAAUACAAGGAAAAUCUGGACUCCUCGGAUCAAUAA